AUGUUAAGAUUCGUGGUUUUAUGUGGCCUUGUCGCUGCUACCUUCGCUGCUCCAGCUCAAGAACAGCAAGCUUCUUUCCUCGAAGAUGCUUAUAAUCUAUACAACUCGUGCUCUGCAGAAGCUGACAUUGCCGUUUGCUUGAAACUCAAAGCUCUCGGUUUCGUUGAUAGAGCCGCCAGGUCUGCUCAAAUUGAAGUUAUCGAUGGAUUCAAAAUCGUACAGAAUGAAGACGCGAAAAGUCGUGUCGAAAACGCCAGGUCUUUAAAUGAAAUCGAAGCUUCUCUGCCUGUUGAGAUUGAAGCUAGAGAUGCUGCCAUUAACGAUGCUCUCGUCGACAGAGCUGCCCGUUUCCUCACCACUCACACCAUCGAAAUCAGCUUACCCGAGGAAGCCCGAUCCCUCGAAGAAUCUCGUGGCAAGAAGAAAAAGAAGCAGAUCAUGGAAAAUCUGAAAUCCGCCCUUUCGCUUUUGAAACUGAAGGCUGCCCUCUUCCUCCCAAUUGCCAUCAUCGGAUUUAAACUUCUUGUCCUUAAGGCUUUGGUGUUCAGCAAGAUUGCCCUCAUCCUCAGUUUGGUCUUGGUUGUCAAAAAAUUCCUCGAGAAGAGGAACGUGGGUGGUCACGAAAACACUCCCCACGAUGUACCAUACCAUCAUGACGAAUACCACGGCGCCGGAUAUGGACGUUCACUCGAGAUGGCCUACAGUGCUCACAAACCUGCCACCGCCUAA